AUGGUCAACCUCCUCUCCGCAUUCAAGGUCCACCCCGACCCGUUUGGCAACUUGCCACCCAAGGAAACCGUCAACGCUCGCAUCAUAGCGCUCGCCCUCUUUGGCAGUUGCGCUGCCGUCCUCUUUGGCUACGACCUGGGCUUUAUUGGCGGUGUCGUGACCCUGCCCGCGUUCAAGACCGACUUUGACCUCGACACCAAGUCUGCAAAGUAUGUCACCAACUUUUCAUCCAACGUCGUGUCGGUGUUCCAAGCUGGAGCCGUGUUUGGCUCCAUGUGCGCCGUCUACUUUGCCAACAAAUACGGCCGCCGCAUGUGUCUCAUUGGCAACAUGCUCAUCUACCUUGUCGGCGUGGCCUUCAUGACAGGCGCAACGGGCCCCGCCGGCCUGGGACUCAUGUACGCCGGCCGUGUCCUCACGGGAUGGGGUGUUGGCGCGUCGACCAUGCUCGUUCCCGUUUACGUUGCCGAAUGCUCGCCUGCGCACAUUCGCGGCCGUCUGGUGGGCAUGUACGAAGUGGGAGUGCAAUUUGGCACCAUGAUCGGUUUCUGGAUCCCGUACGGCGUGCUCAAGACCAAGACUGGCACUCCGCAAUGGCGUAUUCCCUGUGCUCUCCAGAUCAUCCCAGCAGCUCUCAGCCUCGUCGGUCUCUUCUUCCUCACGGAGACGCCUCGUUUUGUCGCUCAGAAGAAGGGCGAAGAGCAAGCACUCCAAACUCUGGUUCGCCUCAGAGGUCUCCCCCAAGACCACACCUAUAUCCACGAGGAGUUGACAGCCAUCAUGGUCGCCAUCGAGCACGAGCGCGAGAAUGGGGCUGAGCGCGACCCUCUUCACACCAUCAAGAAGUCGUUCGGACCCGGCAACUUCCGUAUUCUCAUGUCGGGAGUUCUCGUCAUGAUCUUCUUCCAAAUGGCUGGAACGAAUGCCGUCAACUACUACUCUCCGAGGAUCUUCGCUCAGAUGGGCCUGUCAGCCAGCAGCGCCAAGCUGUUUGCCACUGGCGUCUACGGCGUGGUGCGCUUCGUCUCCACCCUCAUCGCCAUGGUGGUGUUCACCGACCGCUUUGGACGCAAGACCAUGAUCGUGGCCGGCGGCUCCGUCAUGGCUCUGUGCAUGUGGAUCAUUGGCGCCAUCCAAAAGACUCACCCUCUCGGCGAAGCAACCGCCACUGGACCAGGUGCCGCCCAGUACGCCUCCAUCGUCCUGAUCUUUGUGUGGGCCGUAGCCUUUUGCUUUUCGUACGCGGGCAUUCCGUGGAUCUACUGCGCCGAAAUCUUCCCGCUCGACAUUCGCACAUUCUGCAUGGCCGUGUGCACGUCCGUGCACUGGCUGUUCAACCUCAUGCUGGCCAAGACGACCCCGUUCAUGAUUGAGAACCUCGGCGGCUACGGCAUCUACUUUGUCUUUGCGGCCUGUACGACGGUUGGCGCCGUCUACGAGUGGUUCUUCAUGCCUGAAACUCGCGGCAAGGCCCUGGAAGACAUUCAAGGCGAGUUUUACCCGGAACUCAAGUUGCGCGUGCCCUCGAUCCGGCGCGCGUCAGUGUCCUCGGGGGACGUGUCAGAGAAGGAGAAGGAGGCGGUCGCUCACGUCGAGUCCGCUGUUAGCCGUGUUUAA